AUGAAGGAAGAACUUCACAAAUGUCUGACAGACAUCCUUGAAAAGCUCAUGAGUCAUCCAGCUACAAGAACUUUUCACACUCCAGUUCCUACUGGCGAAGAAGCCCCUGCAAAUUACUUCGAAAUCAUUAAAAAUCCGAUUGAUCUAGGCACAAUCAAGCAAAAGCUUGAGGAAAACAAGUACGAAGGCUUCAAAGAUUUCCAUACAGAUGUAGAAUUAGUAUGGAAAAACGCCGAAACAUAUAAUGAACCAGGAACUACUGUUUCUAUACUAGCUGCAGAAGGUAGGAAGGUAUUUGCGGCAUUAUGCAGAAAAGAAAACAUGUUUUUACUAUGCACAUGGUGCAAUGAAGCUUAUCGACUAAAGAAGAAAUUAUCAGAAGUAAUUCAAUCUGCUCCGAACAAAAUCAAGCAAUACAUUAACAACCAGUCAAACCAAAAGCAAAACAAACAAAACAAUACCUUAUUUACCGAAACCGAAAUGGUAAAUUUCGUUAAAGCUUCGAAAAUGUUACCAAGUGAAGAUUGUCAGCGUGACAUGCUUAAGAUCAUAAAUGAACAUCAGCCGGAGAUUGAUACUGGUCUUGAAACUUUGGACGUAGAUAUUACAAACUUUUCUUUACCUACAAUGCAUGCUCUUCAGGAUUAUAUGAGAUCCACACUUGAGCAUGCUGGCCUUAAGUAUCCCGAAUAA